UUGGUUGGUUUAUUUUUGAUUUUAGGCAUUUCGUUCCAGACUCCAGUUUAAUUCGAAUGAUUAAGAGAAACCUCUAAUAUUUGUUUCAAGUACUUAUUAAAACUCGUUGUUUUGUUUUACUUCAAAGAAUCAUUAUGGAAGACUUGAAAUCUGCAAUUGAACGGUAUGAAAGUCAACUUUCUAUGGUGAGAUCAGUGCUAGAAAACACGCAAGAUGACAAUGAAAAAGAAUCACUUCUCGCUUUGCAAAAAGAAUUAGCUGAGCUGAUAAAGCUGACUAAAGAGAGCUUAGAAGUUUAUAAUUCCGAACCAACAACCUCCACGGAGAAUGGGUCUAGUACAAAUGAAAACUCCAAUGAAGUAGAUGAAGAAUAUGCUCUGUUUAUGAAAGAAAUGGCUGAAACAGGUGCCUAUGAUGAUGGUAGCCAAAAUGCAGACACAAAACAAGAAAAUGAGGGGGAUGAUAGUGAUAUUGAGGAUGAACUAGCAUCGCUGUUGGGUAUGAAAUGUGCUGUGUAUCACACUCAUGCAUGGGGAGGCCAGCCGAGUCUCCACAAUGCAAUGGUCAGUUCAGUCGAGCCACACCAAGACGAUGACCAGUUUAGUGAUCUCCAAGUCAGAGUAUUAUACACACAUCCAACACACACAGAGAUGCUACCAUGUCCAUACUAUCUUAAUGGGGAGUGUAAAUUUACUGAUGAUCAGUGCCGAUACUCUCAUGGUAAUGUAGUAAAAUUAUCAGAUCUGAAAGAAGCAAUAGAUCCUGAUUAUGAUGGAGUAAAAGUUGGUAGCGGUGUUUUACUGAAGUUAAAGCCACCUGAAGAUGAGGAUAUGACUAUAGCAAAGAAGUCGACAGAAAAAUAUCACUUGUGGCACAGAGCUGUAGUGAAGGAUGUGGAUCUCGAGAAAAGGACAUGUAUAGUUAAAAUGGAACAGAACAUGAAAGUUGGGGACAAAAGAAAAUCUACAUCAGAAGAAUAUCAUGUUAAAUUUGAAGAGAUGUUCCCACUAAACAAUGAUGGUGAUAGCAGUGAUUCUGAAGACAGGUUAAGUGACACAGAGUACCCAGACAGCAAAUGUGCUAAGGCCGAGGACAGUCAAACACUUCUGAUUGACAAGAGUCUUCAGAAUGAUGUGCCGGCUAUGGGCGAGUGGGAACGACAUACUAGAGGCAUGGGUUCUAAGCUGAUGCUGGCGAUGGGCUACGUGCCUGGCACCGGUCUCGGCGCCGCGAGCGACGGCCGGCUGCGGCCCGUGCAGGCGACGGUGUUGCCGAAGGGAGCCACGCUCGAUCAGGCGCUGGCUAUGAGACAGAACGACUCGCAGGUGGAACAGAAGCUAAAGAAAAUACAAAAGAGAGAGGAGGAAAGAAAUAAAAGGGCGUACGAAAGAGAGAAAGAGAAGGAGAAACGAAAUGUUUUUAACGUUAUAAACAAAGCUCUCGGAGAUCAAACCCAAGCUGAGCCAUCGAGGGCCCCUAGUAUAGACGUUAAACAGUCUACAAGUAAAGACCUAAACAUAGAGCAGUUUAAAAUAGCAGAGGACUGUAGAAAAAUCGAAGCAGAUAUUGUAAAGUUAAAACAUUCCCUAGUAAAGUAUCCAUCGGGCACGGGCGGACAUAGAAGUAUUACAACACAAAUAACAGAGAAGAAUAAAGAAUUGGGUUUGUUGAAAAACAAGGAGCAACAAAUAGCUAAAGAACAGAAACAUAGAAAAGAUAAGCAGAAAAUGACAGUUUUUUAAUGUUUAGCAAUAUGCUAGUGCCUAGUGUAAAUCAAUAAUUAUUAUUGACUGAAUUUAAUAAAGUAUUAUUUAUGGUUUGA